GAACAGAUUCGGAUACACCGUGAUGGUGUGGGGCUAUUAGAACUAACCACAAAGUAUACGCCAUCAUUUGGAAACUGCUUGUUGGACUGAUUUAAAAAAAAAAAAGAAAAAAAAAAUGAAAGCUCCCAUCCCUCUUCUGAUCCUGCUUCAUGCUGUUGUGGUCCACUGCCAGAAAGUUGUGUCGAAGAGAGGCUCAGUUGAAGGCUGCACAGACUGGUCAGUGGACUACCUGAAAUACAAAGUGCUUCUGGGGGAACCUGUAAGGAUUAAGUGCGCUUUAUUCUAUGGAUAUAUACGAGCCAACUACACCCAUGCGCAGAGCACAGGACUUAGCCUUAUGUGGUACAAAAGUGCGGGACACGGGGACUUUGAAGAGCCCAUUAGUUUUGAUGGCACAAGGAUGAGCAAAGAGGAGGAUGCCAUAUGGUUCCGACCAGCAGAGUUGGACGAUGUAGGAUACUAUUCCUGUGUAUUAAGGAACUCCACGUAUUGCAUGAAGGUGUCCAUGUCCCUCACAGUGGCGGAGAAUGACACAGACCUGUGCUACAACUCUAAAAUGAGGUUCUUUGAAAAGGCAGAGCUAAGCAAAAGCAAAGACAUCAUCUGCCCAGGCAUUGAGGAUUAUAUACAGCCAGGAGUGGAGCCUGAAAUCGUGUGGUACAAGGAGUGCAAGCCAAAGCAGUGGAGACAAACCAUCGAGAGGAGGAGGGACACUCUGUCCAUCAAGGAAGUACGGGAAGAUGACAUUGGGAAUUACACGUGUGAACUGCCGUUUGGGAACUUUGUGGUGCGAAGGACUACUGAGCUAUCAGUCACAGCUCCCCUGACAGACAAGCCGCCAAAAAUCCUCUUCCCUUCAGAGAGCCAAAUGAGCAUCAUAGAAAUGGCAAUAGGAAAUCCAGUCAACUUGACGUGCAGAGCAUUCUUCGGAUACAGCGGAGACGUCAGUCCACUUAUCUACUGGAUGAAGGGGGAGAAGUUUAUUGAGGAUCUGGAUGAGGAGCGUGUUCAAGAGAGCGAUGUCAAGACAAUCCGGGAGCACCUCGGAGAGCAGGAGGUUUCGAUCUCUCUGACCAUCGACUCUCUGGAGGAGAGCGACCUGGGCAACUACUCCUGCUACGUGGAGAACGGCAACGGGCGGCGGCAGGCCAACGUCCAACUCAUCAAGAAAGCGGAGCUGAUGUACACGGUGGAGCUAGCCGGAGGUCUGGGAGCCAUCCUGAUGUUGCUCAUCUGCCUCGUGACGCUGUACAAGUGCUACAGGAUCGAGCUCAUGCUCUUCUACAGGAACCACUUCGGCAGCGAGGAUAUAGAUGGAGAUAACAAGGACUACGACGCCUACUUGUCCUACACCAAAGUGGACCCGGACCAGUGGAGCCAGGAGACCCGAGAGGAGGAGCGCUUUGCCCUGGAGAUCCUCCCCGACGUGCUGGAGAAGCAUUAUGGGUAUAAACUCUUCAUUCCAGACAGGGACUUGAUCCCCACAGGAACCUACAUCGAGGACGUAGCGCGCUGUGUGGACCAGAGCAAACGGCUCAUCAUCGUCAUGACCCCCAGCUACGUGGUGCGGAGGGGGUGGAGCAUCUUUGAGCUGGAGACGCGGCUGCGCAACAUGCUGGUGACCGGCGAGAUCAAGGUAAUCCUGAUCGAGUGCGCCGAGCUGCGCGGCAUCAUGAACUACCAGGAAGUGGAGGCCCUCAAACACACCAUCAAGAUGCUCACGGUCAUCAAGUGGCGCGGACCGACCAGCAACAAGCUCAACUCCAAGUUCUGGAAGCAGCUGCUAUAUGAAAUGCCCUUCAAGCGCAUGGAGCCCCUGAGCAUCUCCCACGAGCAGGUGCUGGACGUCAGCGAGCAGGGCCCCUUCGGCGAGCUCCAGACCGUCUCGGCCAUCUCCAUGGCGGCGGCAACCUCCACCGCCAUGGCGACGGCACACCCGGACUUGCGCUCGACCUUUCACAACUCUUGCCACACCCAGAUGAGGCAGAAACACUAUUACCGUAGCUACGACUACGACCUGCCGCAAGGCGGCACGCUCCCGCCACUCUCCUCGCUAGGCAACCAGCACACCUACUGCAACAUCCCCAUGACGCUCAUCAACGGACAGCGGCCGCAGUCCAAGUCACCCCGCCAGCAGAGUCUGGAGGAGGCACACGGCAACAACGCCAUGCUGCCGCUGCUUCCCAGAGAGACCAGUAUAUCUAGCGUCAUAUGGUGACAGAGCCGGGCGGGGUAGACUCUGGAUCUUUAUGAUGUCCGUCACAGGGAGGACUCACCGCUGGCACCCUGAAGGAGCCAGGUGAACCUGAAUGGCACUAAGCUACUUGCUGCUGUUGAAUUUGCACCAGGAAACAACAGAGGGAGGGGAGGGGCCUUCAAACACACUGGACUGCUGGAGAAGGUGGAGGCAAUGUUUUCAUUUUGUUUUUGUUUGGGGUUUUUUUUUUUUGUUUUUGUUUAUUUUUUUUGUUUGUUUUUUGUCCAAUAAGAGCUUUUAUUGAAACUGAACAACAACAAAAAAGAAGCAAGGAGAACUUUUUUGUAUGCCUGUAUAAACACUCACGUAACACAAGCCAACACCUAUGAUAAUUUACCCAGAGAGUAAAGGAAUACAGGGUCCUGUACAUACGUUUUUCUAAUUCUUUGUAGCAACAGUGUUUUGGGACUUGUUUCUUCUUUGUUUGGGACUCCUAUUUUUUUUUUUUAAUUUCUUUUUUUUCAGUUUGUACAAAAAGUGAAGCAGUGAAG